AGACAGGAUCUGCUCUGCAGGAGCCCAGGCCGGCCGAUCCGCGUCCCGGCCACAAAGUUGCACUUCGAGAGCCCAAAUCACCCGCAGACAAAACCCAUCUUUGGGAACAAAGUACCCGCUUGCAGGCGCUCUUCCCGGGCUGGAAGGCUGGCGUGCGGAAACGGACACACCCACCCGUGGGGCCCGCCUCUAGCUACCGCGGGACCACCGGUUACCGAGCCAGGGGCCCGGCUCCCCCAGUUCUCCGGAGCGGCUGGGGAGCUCCAGCGGACUCGCAGUGUUCCCGGAGCAGGCACCGCAGGACCCUGGCUCCACGCCCCUCGGACGCUUUCUCCUCAGAUGCCGCCCGGCGGCCCGGGGUCCCCCUGGCGGGCUGCGCGGGCGCUGCGCGAGCAAAACCAAACCCGGCCGGAAAAGACUCGGCCAGGGCCCCCUCCGUCCACGCGUCCCGCCGGCCUGGCAAGGGGUUCCGGAGAACGGCUUGAGGGGCGAGAACCAAGGGCGGGAGGAAUGGAAGACAGAGGGAACUGAAGCACGGGGGUCUUCGAUGAGCAGUGCGGAUGUUCAACUCCAAACAUCAAAGCCAACGAGAGGUUCAGGUUACUCCUCCUUGACCCCAAACAUCCAGUGAGUGGAGACUGGCCUGUUCAUAGAGUAAAAUAUGUCGUCUCUAAUUCGGCAAAGACAGUGAUGACUGUAUAUAUGCAGGCCAAUUCCGCUCUCCAAGGGAUUCUAACUCAGUCACAGUUUGAACCACUACUGAACCACUGCUCUUAGGAAGCUACAACUCAAAAGAAAAGCCCCACAGAUGCUGAGAGCUGGUGAUCCUCAGGGUGGACCUCAUUCAGUAAGUUGAAGGCCUUAGGGGAAAAGACUGAGGUACCCAGAAGAGGAAGGAAUUCUGCCUUCAAACUCGAGACUGCAACACUGACUCCUGCCAAAAUUUCCAGCCUGCCGGCAUCCUGCCCUACGAAUUUCAGACUUGCCAGCCCCCAUGAUAUGAUAAAACAAAGGAACCAGAACCACAUCCACUGAUCGGAUUUGCCUGGGGAGGAGGGGUGCUCUCUCCUUUGAUCUUCUCAUCUGUAAGAGAUGGACCAAAAGCCUCUCCAGCAAUAAUCUGAAAUGAUUCUUGAAGACUAUCUUUCCAGCUUGUCACAUAUGCAAGGUGUAUUUACAGGAGACAGCAAUGGAAACCUGGUCAGUUGAGCAGGUCUGCAGUUGGUUGGUGGAGAAAAAUUUAGGAGAGCUAGUUCAUAGAUUUCAAGAGGAAGAAGUAAGUGGGGCCGCUCUUCUUGCACUUAAUGAUCGGAUGGUUCAGCAACUGGUAAAGAAAAUUGGGCACCAGGCUGUUCUGAUGAAUUUAAUUAAAAAAUACAAGCAGAACACUCAAGGACUGAAGUCCCCAGAAAACCCCAAAGAGGCAGCCCUGGUCAUGCAAACAGAAGCAGCUCGAGAUUACAGGGAUGAAGAAUCCUCCAGUCCAGCCAACCAUGGGGAGCAGAUGCCAUCUUUCUAUCCAGCUGAAAACCUUGAUAAUGGACUAAUUGACCAAAGAGUAUUGAAACAGAGGUGGGGAAGAAAUGUGAAACAUAUUCUAGCAAGAAGCAAAGCAUUACAAUGGACGAAGUCCUAUGUUUUACCAGAGUUUCCCUAUGAUGUCAAGUGCAUGUUAGCAGAGCAGAAGUGCCCAGAUCACAGCAUGAGGAUAAGGAUCAUUGAGUUUCUCCAGGCUGACAUGACUAAGUAUCUGGAAGGCUCACUGUACCCCAGCACCCAGCAGUACAAUGACGUAGUUAAUGCCCUGCUGCAGGCCCACCCUUUCCUGGAUGAGGACGGCUGUGGCUUUUUUUUAUGGAAACGAGCCCUAAAAGAUCGCUUUAAAUAUGUUCGAAGACCCAUAGAAGAUGAUGAGCAAGUAAUUAGAAAUAAGUGUAAAUUUGGACACCGAAGAGGCCAGACAAGGAAAUCUCUUGCUGAUAUAAGAUUUGAUGAAAUUAAACUUGUCCAGAUAAAAGAAGAAGCUGUUUGUUUUGAUUCUGAGCUAGAUGAACAUAUUAAGUGGUUCCAGCAAGAAUACGUGAAAACAGAAAAGGACUGGAGAGAAAUUGACAAGAGAAUGAGCCAAACUUUGGAAAUAAGAAGAAAGAUGAUUGGCAGCCGAACGCCUCUGAAGGACAUUCUUAAACUGUUUCCUUUCUUGAAGUGCCCUUAUCAGAUGUUCAGAGAAUUCCAACUUCUUACAAGAACAGAUAUUUAUAAGAAAACAAGGCAUAUUUUGGAAUCCUAUUCAGAAAAUAUACUGACUUCUUUUUCAGUGGUGGACAAUCCAAUCAAUAUUGUAUUGCAAGAAAAAAUGAAACAUUACACAGAUGAAGACAUGUUGAAAUACAUGAAAAUGACAGCCACAUGUUUACUCCUCCCAGAUGUUUUUGGGGAUGAUCCCAGCCUUUUUGUCAUCAUGAAUGAACAGGUGCAAGUGUCCACACCUGUGUUGGAAGUUAAAAACCCUUUCAACAUGGAGGUCUGCGAAUUUUCUUUAUAUUUAGAAAGGGAAAGGCUCACAAAGUUGGACGACUGUGUUACAGCCUUGGCUGCGCUAGUAGCUGCCUUUCAUGUAUUUGGGAUUGAGUGUCCAAGAAGACUGUCCCAAACCUUCAACUUCCUAGAAACGUUGAUUUUUGAUAUGCAUAGUCCUUAUUUUCCUUCUUUGAAAGAAAAGGAAAACGAAGUAGGAUUUCAGCACCCAGUCACUUAAUAGCAUGCCAAAUAUUGUAUCGGAAUUUACCUCUGGGAAAACUGAAGCUUCAUAAGGAAUUGUUUUGAUUUAGGGUUGUGGUAGAGGUAGGUAUGAGAAAAUCAUCUUGUAUUACAGAUGUUAAUGAAUUUCAAUGCUUUCUAUCUUUACACUUAGAUAUUAAGUUCUUUGUGAAAU